CGGCCAGCGAGGACGAGGAGGUAGUGGUGGUGCCUGCAAUCAAGGUUCCAAGAAAACCCCGAACCAGGAAGCACCCCCCAAUGAAGCCAGGAGCGGCAAUUGACUCGGUAAUCGAUGGGGCCAAACACUUCCUGUCGGAGUUCAAGGAGCUGAGUGGGGACAGGGAUACAGAGGCGGCGAGGCACUUUUUGGAAUCGUUGCUCCCCAUGCUACUGAAGGUUGGGCCAAGCCUGAUGCCCAUCUUCAGGAUGGAGAUCACCGCCUGCCUCAGAAAAUAUGAGCAGGCGACCAAACAAGGUGCUGAAAUGGCCUCACAUGACCUAAAGUACCACAUAAUUAACUCUGAGUACUGCCCUGCCCCCUCUCCGCCCAAGGCCCAGCCCCAACAGCAACAGCAACAACUACUAAUGUUGGAGCCACAACAGCUGCAGCAGUUGCAACAGCUGCAACAACAGCUGCAACAGCCACAACAGCAACAGCCACAACUAGUGCCACAGCUCCCUGCCACAUUCCCUGCCACAUUCCCUUCCAUUCGGCAGCAGGGCCAACCAGCGGUGACAUCGGUUACCCCCCAGCAGCUGCAAUUGUUGCAGCAACAGUAUCUCCUCAGGAGCCCUUCUACAAGCAGCAUUGGGGUUCCUGCAAACAACACCACCGACCUCAACAUGUCCCUGUUGAUGGACAUGCAGCUGCCGGGCCAAGCCUCCACAGCCUCUACUCCAGCAAAGGCUCCUCCGCAACAAAGUACUACAACACUGCAUACGCCGACCUCUUCAGCGGACUUUUAGCUUUUAUUAUAAUAUGAAAAGAAUAAAUAAAUGUUUAUUUUGAGUUUACUCCAUUUUUCCUUCAGCUUAUAAAAUUUAUGUAAUAAAACAAAAUGUACACAAUAAUUUGAAAGGAAUAAAUAAAUGUUUAUUUUGAGUUUA